UGUAUGUAUCAGUGUCUGAUAAAAUUGCAGUUUUACCUAGACUUCGAGCGCACUAGGGGCUACGAACAUGGGACUACUACGAGAUGAACUUCUGAAGUCAAUAUGGCACGCAUUCACAGCCUUGGACGUGGAUCAAAGUGGGAAAGUGUCCAAAUCACAGCUUAAGGUGCUCUCUCAUAACCUGUGCACUGUGAUGAAGAUACCCCAUGACCCAGUCGCCCUGGAGCAGCACUUUAAGGAUGAUGAUGAGGGCCCUGUGUCCAACCAGGGCUACAUGCCCUACCUCAAUAGAUUCAUACUGGACAAGGUUAGGGAUAACUUUGACAUACUGGAGUUCAACAAUGUGUGCUGGACACUGUGUUUCAAGAAAAACAUCAACAUGAGCCAUCUUCUCAUCUCCAACGAUGAUGCCUUCAAGGUCUGGUGCAUCUUCAACUUCCUGUCUGAAGACAGGUACCCACUGGUCAUCAUCACAGAGGAAAUUGAGUACUUCCUGCGGAAGCUGAUGGAGGCCAUGGGAGGCAUUUGGAAUCAGGAGAGGUUUGAUGAUUACAAGCUCAUGUUGAACAGGAAGCAGCAAUGCCUGAUUGCCUGGGAGCUGAUAGAGCUGGUUGGCAUGGGCCACUUUAGUAAGGGCAUGAACCGCCAGACCCUAUCCAUGGGCAUCUCUGAGGUCUUCCAGGAGCUCAUACUGGAUGUUCUCAGACAGGGCUACAUGAUGAAAAAAGGCCACAAAAGGAAAAAUUGGACAGAGCGCUGGUUUGUGCUCGGACCAAACUCUAUGUCAUACUAUGUGAGUGAGGACCUCACUGAUAAGAAGGGGGACAUUUCGCUGGACCGCAACUGUUGUGUGGAGUCUCUACCAGACAAGGAGGGGAAGAAAUGCCUCUUUAUAGUGAAGUGCAGCGACAAAAGCUUUGAGAUCAGUGCAUCGGAUAAGAAGAGGAAACAAGAAUGGAUUCAAGCCAUCCAAACAUGCAUCCAGCUGCUGAGGUUGGGCCUACCCUCUCCGCACCUUGAGGCCAGGCUGCGGCGCAGGGAGCUCAGGCAGAAACAGCAGGCCGAACAGGGGGAGCUAGAGGAGAGGAUGAGGCUGCUGCAGAUAGCCAAUGAAAACAAGCAUAGACAACUGGAGUCCAUGAGGAAGAAACUGGAGGAGGCAGCGGCCACAGCAACUCUGGAGGAGCAGAGGAGAAAACAGACCCAGACUGACCUGCAGGACCGCUACAGAACAGACCUGGAGAGAGAGAAAAUGGUUCGUCAGCAGAUGGAGGAGCAGGUGGCCCAGAAGUCCAGUGAGUUGGAGCAGUACCUGCAGCGUGUCAGGGAGCUGGAGGACAUGUACCACCGCCUGGAGGAUGCACUAGAGGAUGAGAGACAGGCCAGGCAGGAUGAGGAGAUCAUGCGCAAACUACAGACCAGGCUUCUGGAGGAGGAGUCAGCCAAGCGGGCGGAGCUGGAGCAAAUCCACCUGCAGCAGCAGAGAGCCAUCUCCCAGACCCAGGCUGAGAAGCAGGAGCUGGAGAGCGAGCGGCUGGCCAAGGAGAUCGCCCUGCAAGCAGCCAUGUUGCAGCUGGAGAGACUUGAGAGAGAGAGGCACGGAGCGCUGGAGCAGUACGAGGAGGUGAGAAUGAAACUGGAGCAGGCAGCUAAUAAGACCAAGAGCUGGAAGGACAAGGUGGCCAAGCAUGAGGGACUGGUCCGUCUCAUCCAGCCAGGUGAUAAAGGACCACAGAGGAUGACUAACUGGGGCCCAGCAGCCUUCACAGACACUGAGCUGGACCUGAGGAAGAAGUCCUGGCAGGAGAGGAAGAACCACAACCAGUCAGCCCAGUAGACUAGAGAUGGUGCUUCUUACCUGAUGGUCCAGACAUCUUACUGUGAUCGUGUAGCAUCACGAUACUGUUGUCGUAUUGUUGUUGAGAAUUAACUAAUGUGUACGGUUGCAGAAUUCCUGAAAUUUUCCCAAAAUGUCCAGGAUCUCCAGAAAUCCCGAUUGCUGGAUUCUGGAUUUCCUGCUUAUUUUCUCCUAAUUCUGUGAAUCUUCUAACCAGGAUAUCUGGAAUUUUGCAACCCUACUAAUGUGCCAAUGCUUUGACAUUCCAAGUGUUUCACCAUUCUGUGGUCUUUAACCAGGAAAUAGAGCUGUAAUUAUUCAGUGAAUAAUAUGUUAAACUUAUUUUUUAAAUAAUGUCAUGAGAAAGUAAUACGAUUAAAGUAAUAAGAUAAAAGUAAUAAGAUGUUUUCUAUUUAAAAUACCAACGCAUAGGUAGUGUAUCUUAUAAAAUAUAUUUAAAGACAUUUCUUUAUACUGUUGCUGUCUGUUUUAUUGGAUGAGGGAUGUGAGAAUUAUAUGUUAGAAUAGGCGAGUAGUGAAGGGGGGGGGGGGGUAGAUAUACUAUAUCCAAAAAAUAAAUAUGGCAAGUAUAUAUGACUCUGGGUUAGAUAUGCUCAGCCUUGAUUUAUAUAUUUGAUACAUUUCAUUCAAAAACAUUUUUUUCAAUCUAACUAUUUCAAAUGUAAUUUCCUGGUUUGCCUGUGGGAACUGUGGAACCUUCAGUAAUAUUCCUAUGAAAGACUUGGCCGAUGCCCUCUUGUGGUUUCAUGAGUUAAAGCAUCUGUUUACAGCUCUGCUGUAACUCACAGUAAUAUUAUACUGUGGUGGGCUGGGAGUUACUGUAGAUACCUUGAACCGCUUGAGUCCAUAGCUAUAGUUCCCCUUGUAUUGCAGCCAGGUAAAGUUAAAUUUAACCAACAUAUACAAGUGUGAGCUGACAUCUGCACUCGUGUGUGUGUGUAAUAGUGAAUGUUUGUGUGGUGAGAACUUGUGAGAUCUGACUGCAGGGAUGGAACUGCUGGGAUCUAGUGUUUCUCUGUGGACUCUGAGCUGGGUUCUAUUCUCUCUGGGGGAACCAGGGCCCUGGAAUGGGAUUCAUUUUCUCUCUCUUGGGGCCCUAGGUCCUGCUUAAUUCCACUCUCCACUACAUCUCAGCCUAGCGCUGCAGAUUUCUGUAAUGGAUGUUCUGCAGAGCUUCAAAGAGCUGGCUUGGCCAUCUGUUUGUCUGUCUGAAUCUGUCCUGGCAGGCUGAGGUCCAGCUCUCUCUCUCUCUGAGCCAGCCUGACCAAACCACCCCAACCAUGUGUGACUGAUAGUGACACCCUCUCCUCAUUCAUAAACCUGUGGUUUUCAUUACAAUAACUUUGUGUCAUGUCGAAAUAAAUACAAUCUGAUUUCUUA